AUGGUGUGGGAAGUAGUCGACACAGAAUCGACCGAAGGUGAUAAGAAUGAUAUGGGGACAACACUUCUUUUCCAAUCGAUCCCGGAGACUAUGAUCCUACAAGUUGGGGAACUUGAUACCGCAAAGAAGGUAUGGGAUGCGAUCAAGACCCAUCAUGUAGGAGCCGAUAGAGUUCGAGAGGCGAGGCUACAAACCCUCAUGGCUGAGUUCGAGCGGUUAAAGAUGAAAGACACCGAUAAAAUUGAUGACUUCGUGGGCAAGUUACCAGAAAUUUCAUCAAGAUCUACCGUGCUAGGUGAAAGUAGGAAUGAGGCGAAACUUGUUAAAAAGUUUCUACUAGGAUUACCACGCAAGAAGUUCAUUCACAUAGUUGCCUCUCUCGAGCAAUUACUAGACUGGAAUACCACAAACUUCGAAGAUGUUGUAGGUCGCUUGAAAGCAUACGAGGAGCGUAUUGCUGCGGAAGAAGAAGAAGAAACACAAGAUGACCAGAGUAAGCUUAUGUACAGCAACUCCAAACCACAAAAUCGAAAUGGAGGAUAUAGAGGACGUGGUCGAGGAGGCCGGUACUAUAAUAGAGGAAGAGGACGAGGAAGAUCAUCAUAUUGGGACAGAAGAGACUCCUCAAAGGUCACGUGUUAUCGAUGUGACAAACUAGGGCACUUUGCUGCGAUGUGUCAUGAUAGACUACACAAGUUACAAGAGACUAUCGAGGGUAAAGACGGAGAUGACAUCCAAGAAGCCGAAGGACUCAUGAUGCAUGAGAUUGUUUAUCUGAAUGAACGAAACGUGAAACCUAAAGAGUUCGAAUCUAGUAAGGUUGGAGAGAAGAUAUGGUAUUUAGACAACGGGGCAAGCAACCAUAUGACUGGUAACCUGAGCUACUUCAACAACAUUGAUAACACAAUCUCCGGGAAGGUCAGAUUUGGAGAUGACUCGAAAAUAGACAUCAAAGAAAGAGGAUCUAUUUGUUUUAUCAGUCAAGAUGGGAAGAAGAAGAACCUUGCCGAUGUCUACUACAUACCAGCGCUGAAGAGUAACAUCAUAAGUCUUGGACAAGCCACAUAA